AUGGCAAUGCUCACCGAUCGUGAUCGUCGUAAGCAAAUCAGCGUGCGUGGGAUUGCUCAAGUGGAAAAUGUCACAAACAUAAAAAAUUCCUUUAACCGUCAUCUUCACUUCUCCAUCAUCAAGGAUCGAAAUGUAGCAACACCUCGAGAUUAUUACUUUGCUCUGGCAAAUACUGUCAGAGAUCAUUUAGUGAGCCGAUGGAUUCGUACGCAGCAAUAUUACUACGACAAAGAUCCAAAACGCGUUUACUAUCUGUCGUUGGAAUUUUACAUGGGCCGAACGCUAUCCAACACGAUGAUGAAUAUCGGUAUUCAAGCAGCCAUCGAUGAAGCUUUGUAUCAGCUUGGUCUUGAUGUGGAAGAACUACAAGAAAUCGAAGAAGAUGCUGGUCUUGGAAAUGGUGGUCUUGGUCGUUUGGCAGCAUGUUUCCUCGAUUCAAUGGCUACGUUGGGUAUUGCUGCUUACGGAUAUGGUUUACGUUACGAAUAUGGUAUUUUCAAGCAACUCAUUCGGGAUGGUUGGCAAGUUGAAGAACCAGACGACUGGUUACGAUUUGGAAAUCCGUGGGAGAAAUCUCGACCGGAAUAUAUGCUACCAAUCAAUUUUUAUGGAAAUGUUGAAAAAGAUGCAAAUGGCAAGAGCAAAUGGGUUAAUACACAGUUGAUGUUUGCAAUGCCAUAUGAUACACCUGUUCCUGGUUUUCGGAAUAAUGUUGUAAACACCUUACGUUUAUGGUCAGCGAAAGCUGAAAAUAAAUUCCAUUUGAAGUUCUUCAAUGAUGGUGAUUAUGUGCAGGCAGUGAUGGACCGUAAUAUCUCCGAGAAUAUUACCCGUGUUUUGUAUCCCAAUGAUAAUGUUUUCAUUGGCAAAGAACUUCGUCUAAAGCAACAGUAUUUCCUGGUAGCAGCGACACUGCAGGAUAUCAUCAGGCGUUUCAAAUCAAGCAAAUAUGGAUUGCCAUUCGACAAAGCUUUCGAUAUCUGCAUAAAAACAUUUGCAUACACAAAUCAUACGCUUUUGCCGGAAGCGCUUGAACGAUGGCCAGUAUCGCUGCUUGGAAAUUUACUGCCGAGACAUUUGGAAAUCAUAUAUCAAAUCAAUCAGAUUUUCAUGGACGCGGUUUCUGCACGAUAUCCAGGGGAUUUCGAUCGUAUGCGCCGUAUGUCAAUUGUGGAAGAAGCGGAUGGAUUUGGUGAAAAGCGAAUUAACAUGGCACAUUUGUGUAUCGUUGGCUCACAUGCAGUCAACGGUGUUGCUGCUUUACAUUCGGAUUUGUUGAAAAAAACCGUAUUCAAAGAUUUCUAUGAGUUUUUCCCAGAUCGAUUCCAAAACAAAACCAAUGGUAUAACACCUCGACGUUGGCUUUUAUUAUCAAAUCCAUCUCUUGCUGAUGUUAUCUGUGAGAAAAUCGGGGAAGACUGGAUUACGAAUCUUGACAAAUUGCAAGAAUUGAAGGAAUUUGCUGGCGAUUUAGGCUUUUUGGAUUCAAUCCGUCGAGUGAAGCAAGAAAAUAAAAUGCGUUUGGCGCAAUAUCUCGAAGACGAAUAUAAUGUUAAAAUCAACCCGUCUAGUAUUUUUGAUAUUCACGUUAAGCGAAUCCACGAAUACAAACGUCAGUUGUUAAACAUAUUGCACGUUAUCACACUUUAUAAUCGUAUUAAAGCUAAUCCAAAUGCAAAUGUUGUUCCGCGUACUGUAGUCUUCGGUGGAAAGGCAGCUCCAGGAUAUCACAUGGCGAAGCAGAUCAUCAAGCUAAUCAGUUGUGUUGCAGAUAUAGUAAACCAUGAUGCAAUUGUUGGGAAUAAACUGAAGGUGAUAUUUUUGGAAAAUUAUCGCGUUUCACUUGCAGAAAAAAUUAUUCCAGCUGCAGAUCUUAGUGAACAGAUCUCAACUGCUGGUACGGAAGCUAGUGGAACGGGUAACAUGAAAUUCAUGCUGAAUGGUGCAUUAACCAUUGGUACACUUGAUGGAGCUAAUGUAGAAAUGUUGGAAGAAAUGGGUCGUGAGAAUAUUUUCAUCUUUGGUAUGGAAGUUGACGAUGUUACUGAACUUAACAAAAGAGGUUACAAUCCAGAAGAUUUCAUUAAGAGGAGUCCAGAACUUGCAAAAAUCGUUGGGCAAAUUGAGACCGGUUUCUUCACUCCUGAUCAACCUGAUUUACUGCAAGAUGUUGCGAUGGCAUUGAAGAAAUGGGAUCGCUUUAUGGUGUGUGCUGAUUAUGAUGCAUUCAUCAAGUGUCAGCUAGAAGUGGAACAAACUUAUCAGAAUGUAGACAAAUGGACACGUAUGACCUUAAUGAACAUUGCAAGCAGUGGCAAAUUCAGUACGGAUCGUACAAUUGCAGAAUAUGCUCGGCAAAUUUGGGAUGUGGUACCGGGCGAACUUAAAUUGCCGGCCCCAUUCGAAAGUUCUGAACAACAGCAGCAGAAUAGCAAAUAG